AUGCAAUAUGUUGGAAGAGCCAUUGGCUCCGUGUCGAAGACGUGGAGCUCCAUUAACCCGGCCACACUUUCGGGAGCGAUCGAUGUGAUAGUUGUCGAGCAGGACAAUGGUGAUCUGGCAUGUUCUCCAUUUCACGUCCGAUUUGGUAAAUUCCAGCUGCUGAGGCCAUCACAAAAAAAGGUUGAUUUUAUAGUGAAUGGCGAGAAAACCAAUUUGCCCAUGAAAUUGGGAGAUGGCGGUGAAGCUUUUUUCGUGUUCGAGACUGAAGCUGAAGUUCCUUCUGAACUGCAAACGUCGCCUGUGAUAUCGCCAGUUAGUUCACCUUCAUCGCUAGGAUCGCCUUCUAGGCCAUCUACUUCAUCCCCGUUGCAGGAGCCGGAAUUUCUGGAUAUUGGUGAAGGAAUUACUGAUGAUGGGGCCAUAGAGAAGCCUGCUAUAUACACCUCACCGCCUUCUGACCAGAGUUCUGCAGCUCCUUCUUCACCAAUACCGCACAGACUCACCAGCGAAAAGAUGCAUGAGAUCUCCAAGAAGCUCAUUACCAAGAACAUACCCUCCAGAGUCGAUGCCAAUGGCAAUAUUGAGUUCGACAUGAUGGGCUACAAGAGCAACGACCAGACUGCUGAAGAAUCAGAAGCCCAUUUGAGACAACUGUUGAAGGACGAGUUAGGUGACUCGUUUGAUCUUAAUUCGCAGAUUGCGAGGGACCUUCACGGAAACCUGAUUCUGAACAGCACUGACGAGUUGGCUGCUGACUUCACAGACUCAGUGUCCACUCUGGGGACUUCGCCUCCUGAAUAUCCCACAAGCAUGAGCUCUGCGAACUCUAUUACAUCCACAGUCUCUGACUUGAAUACAGACACUCCAGAGGGCUUGACUGGUUUGAACCAUUUCAAGACACUGAGACUGACUUCGGAGCAAUUGAAGUGUCUCGGACUGAAAAAAGGCGAGAACGAAAUCAAAUUCGCUGUUAACAGCGGGAAAUCUGUGAUUUCGGCCAGAUUAUUCUUUUGGAAGUAUGACGUUCCUAUUGUGAUAUCGGAUAUUGAUGGAACUAUCACGAAAUCGGAUGCCCUUGGUCAUGUCUUGACCAUUUUGGGAAGAGACUGGACACAUGCAGGUGUCGCCAAACUUUUCAAGGACAUCCAAAUGAAUGGAUAUAACAUCAUGUACUUGACCUCUAGAUCUGUUGGUCAGGCAGAUUCUACGAGGUACUAUCUUCAGGGAGUGAUCCAGGAUGGAAUCCAGCUUCCUCCAGGUCCUGUGAUAUUGUCGCCAGAUAGAACCCUAGCUGCAAUCAGACGCGAAAUGGUGUUGAAGAGACCAGAAGUGUUCAAAAUGGCUUGUUUGCAUGACAUAAAGCUUCUGUAUGAAUCAUCAGAUAAGGAAUCUAUGGAAACGCCGUUCUAUGCGGGCUUUGGAAACCGUAUCACGGAUGCAUUGUCAUAUCGCAGUGUCGGGGUACCCUCCUCAAAGAUCUUUACGAUCAACCCCGAUGGUGAAGUUCAUAUGGAAUUGCUGGAAAUGGCAGGUUACAAGUCUUCCUACGUGAAUAUCGGAGAACUGGUGGACUACUUCUUUCCUCCUGCUCGUGCCAGUGGGUAUACCCAAACAGUGGCCGGGUCCAAGGUAAUAAGCAAUCACGAUCAGUACACGGAUUUGAACUUCUGGAGAGAGCCCGUUCCUGAAAUAAGUGAUCUGGAGGAUGACAAUCUUUCCGUUGAUAGCGAAGAGGCGGCGUUGAGACAGAAGAAGCAAGAACAGAGUGAAAUAAAGAGUCCGAAAUUUGUGAACCCCACGCUGAAAUAUCCAAGUCCCGAGGCCUUGGACCCAACUGCGGAGACCGCUGAUUCGUCGUAUGUGGACCAGCUUGAUGACGAAGAUGAUUACGACGAAGAUGACGAAGAUUACGAUUAUACAGAUUCAGAGGAAGGUGAUUACGAUGAUGAUGGAGAGGAGGAAGAAGAUGAAGAAGCAGAAGCCAAUGGUGAUGAUGACGAUGCCAGCGAAGAAGAAGUAGACGGCGACGACAUUGAUGACGAUCUCAAACACAUUGAUGAAAGCUAUGCUGUUGAGCAAAAUUCCACGAAUGGUUUAAUGAUCCACAACAAAAAGAGAUCCAGCUCAUCUGUUAGUGGGUCCUCGGAUUUUCAGGCCUCUGGAGAUUUCAUCCGUGCUAGUGCGAUGCUCAAAAAUUUGAAGAUUGAGGAGGCCGAUUAA